UUAUUUCCAGUAUUUCUCAUAAAUCGAAAUAGGUUCACAAUUAACAUGAUGUGGCCCUUGAUUCUCAUUUUGUGCUACUGUAUUUUUCGUUAUAGGCGGAGGCGCCUUUACAAACAUGCGUCAAAAGUUAUAAAACACCAGUGGGAUUUACCUUUCAUUGGAGUGUCCUGGGUUUAUGUUGGAAGUACGGAAAAAAUACUUAAAGAGAUGCAAGAUUAUUCAAAAUUUACAUCAGAAAAUGGUGGAAUAUCUGUAUCAUGGAUGGGACCAAAACUUUUUUAUACAAUCACUGAUCCCGCAAUAGCUGAAGUAGUACUUAAAAAUAACUUGGAAAAGGAUGACUUAAUGCGGAUUGUGCAUGAACUGCUUGGUGAUGCCAGUAUUGUUGCAUCUGUAUCCAAUUGGAAACCACGACGAAAAAUAUCUGUGCGAGCAUUUUCUCCGAAGAUUUUAUCAAAAUUUGUUAAAAUAUUUGCUGAAAAUAGUGCGACUCUGGCAAAAGAACUGGACAAAAAAGCUGGAACUGGAAAUUUCAAAAUUUGGCCCCAAAUCAAUGCGUACGCCCUUGAUGCUAUUUUAGAAUCAUCAAUGGGUGUUCAAAUUAAUGCGCAACUGCAUAAUAACAAUGAACUCCAAACUGCUGUUAAUACAACAUUGCAAAUGUUAAGUGAAAGAACAUUCCGCGUGUGGUAUUGGCCGGAUUGGAUUUAUAAACAUACUUCUCACUUUGCAAAGUUGCAAUCUCAUAUAAAAAUUAUUCAUGAUUUCACCAAUGAGGUUAUACGAAAGAAGCGACUGCUACACCAGGUUCAGGCAAAAUUUACUGAUCAGGAAGAACUUGAAUAUAACAAUUCAUUAAAUUUUCUGGAUCUCCUGAUGUCUCUUUCAAGUGGUGAGAAAGCUUACACGGAUGUGGAGUUACGUGAAGAAGUGCUCACUUUCGUCUUAGCUGGAAUGGACACCUCCGCCGUGGCCAUAGGUUUCUUUUUAAAACUUAUGGGCAAAUAUCCUGCGGUGCAACAAAAAGUGUAUAAUGAAUUGCAAGAGGUAUUCGGAGAUUCAGAUCGCAUAUUAGAGAAGGAGGAUCUACCAAAACUUCAAUACCUCGAAAGAGCUAUCAAAGAAACACUACGACUCUAUUGCUCAGUUCCAUUCAUUUUAAGAAGGGCAGAUACCGAUAUUUUGCUACCUGAUGGCACCACUAUUCCCGAGAGCUCCUCAGUUCUCAUAAGCAUUCUGGGUAUGCAUCGAAGUGCCAAAAAUUGGGGAACAGACGCAGAUUGUUUCGAUCCAGACCGAUUCCUGCCAGAUCGUAUCAAAGACAUCCAUCCCACCGCUUAUAUACCAUUUAGUUUUGGACCUAGGAAUUGUGUUGGAUACCAGUAUGCGAUGAUGUCAAUAAAAACUGCAUCGUCAACAAUAUUAAGACGACAUAAGAUUGUCGGUAUUCCAGAGCCCACAUCAAAACCUAACAUCAAAUUGAAAUAUGACAUCAUGCUCAAAGAUGUUGAUGGAUAUGAAAUUGCUUUAGAGAGAAGACAGUAACAUUUUAAAAUAAUUACUAUUCAUUUGUGGGAUCCAAUAUAAUUGUCCUUGUAGUUCAGGGCCGUUUUGAUUGUUUCAGGUGUAUUCCAUAAAAUUGCGAUCAAUAACCAAAUGUAU